UGCCUGUCAGCCAUCAAUAAUCAGCCAUCAUCUUCCCACGUGAAUACGCUGACAGGCCAGGGGGAAAAAACGUUGUUGACGUGUAUUUGGAUUGGGCCAUUUUCCACGGUAACAGUGCAGUAAUUGGUCAAAAUUACGAACCCGCUUUUGAUUGAACCCUUUUAUGCGCUGAAAGUGCGGGAAUUUGUUAAAAUUGCGAGCUCUCGCGCAAUAUGCGCGGUUUGGUUGAUUUUUUUGGAUUGAAUUAUGCGUACUCAGAAUCCUGGAGGGACUGCAUAGUAGGCUGUACUGUGUAGGACUGUAGCUCUCCUAAACUGACAACAGAUGGCGCCAGGGUAUGAGAGGUGAGUUUAAUAUCCCGCCCCCCUUCCCUCGUUGACAACCUUUGAAUUACCGCGGGAAACUCAUUGCUUGCACUGUAUCACUGAAGCCGGAGAAACUCAGUCCGUGAAGGUUAUUUACAUUGCAAAAUGUCCAAAAAAAAAGGUCUCAGUCUUGAGGAGAAGAGGACUCGCAUGAUGGAGAUUUUCUUUGAGACAAAAGAAGUGUUUCAGCUGAAGGACAUAGAGAAAAUCGCCCCCAAGACUAAAGGAAUAACACCCAUGUCAGUGAAGGAGGUUCUGGUGGAUGACAACAUGGUGGACUGUGAGAGAGUGGGCACCUCAAACUACUACUGGGCCUUCCCCAGCAAGGCCCUGCACGCCCGCAAGCGCAGGUUGGAGGAGCUGGACAAGCAGCAUACCGAGGAGAAACAAAGGAAGAUGUCUCUGCAGCAGGCUGUCGACAAAUCAAAAGUAGGACGUGAAGAAACCGAGGAGCGGGCCACUCUUCUAAAGGAGCUGCAGGCUCUGAGGGAGAAGAGUAGUCAUCUGAAGGCAAAGCUGGAGAAGUACAGGGAGUGUGACCCGGAAGUGACCGAGGAGAUGAGAAAGUCCAAUGUCACAGCUAAAGAGGCAGUGUCCAGAUGGACAGAUAAUGUCUUUGCUAUCAAGUCGUGGGCCAAGAGGAAGUUUGGUUUCGAUGACGGACGCAUCGAUAAAGCCUUCGGGAUACCUGAAGACUUUGAUUACAUGGACUGA